CCUCCCUUGGUCUUCCAGCUGACAUGGGCGGCAGUGAUGGAGGCAGCCAUACAGACGGAGGCGGUGAGCGAGGAGGAGCUCGACUGGGAUCUCAGUGGCCUCGUGGACAAGGAGACUCAGACGCUUCCUCCGAACGCCACGCAAUUUCAGCUAAACCACACCGAUGCCUUCGUGCAGACGGACUACCGGUACUUCCCCCUCGCCAGCACCGAGGCAGCCCGGCCCACCACAUCCCUCAGCCCCGCCAAGAAAGUGAGUGUGGGAACUCAGACGGAUACGAUGACAACUUCAGUGUCCACACAGACGGAGGAACCUUACCUUCUGCCAGAGCCUCCUCCUCCCGUCACAAGGCCUUCUACAAGCGUGAGCGUCUUUGAAAAGCCAAUGGUGGUGCUCUCGGACGCAUGUGCAGGGCCUUCGACGUCUGGCCUAGGGUCGGCUCUGACACGCGCACCGGUGCUCCGGGGGGGGAAUAUCUUACAGGUACCCCCAGGGGCGCUACCCAUUAGCCCCCCUCCCUCGCCCGAGCAUCCCCUCAGCCACCCUUUCGACCACGGGCCGCUGGGGAGGAUGAAGGCGGAGGACAGAUGGCGUCACCUCGCGACCUUCCACUUGGACGAUCUCCUGCCGUCGAGGAAGCGGUGGCCGACGAUGCAGUUACGCGGCCGGCGGAGGAUGAUCGACGUCAGCAUCCAGACUGACAACGACAUCCUGACUGACGAGGCCCCUCAGUUCGCCGCUCGACCUCCGCUCUCCAAGAAGACCGAGUUGCUCGAGGGCGUCGACUUCACUGACCUCGAUGUCCACGUCCUCACCGCUCCCGACGAGGUGACAUCAGACACGGAGGAUCUAGUGCGUUACCUGUGUGGCCAAGUGCAGGAGGAUUUACAGAGACUCAGGGUGAUAUUUCGUUGGGUGACCGAGAACAUAAGCAGAUGUGGUAUUACAGAUAUAGUAGAGAAAGUCCAAGAGGCUAGACUAAGUUGGUUCGGUCAUCUGUUGAGGAGCGAGGAUGAAGAAUCCUGCAGGAUGGCUAGGAACCUUAGUGUGGAAGGGGACAGAGGGAGAGGGAGACCGCGUCAGAGAUGGAGCGAUAACAUCAAGAAGGACCUCGAGGAAAAAGGAUUAGCCGAAAGAGAUUUGGUGGACAGGGUUAGAUACGACUGGAAGUUUAUAGACAAACCCCAAACAGCGCAGGAGAUUUUGACCUCUAGAGCAGGUGUCAGUAAGGACUAUGUGAAUCUGCUGAUGGAACUGUGUCAUCUGGCAGGAAUAAGAGUUAAAAAGAUUCACGGAUUUGCGAAAGGACACGACUUCAGAAUUGGGCGUCGCUUCAAUCCCGAGUCCGAUCCUCUGCAUUUCUGGAUAGCUGUGUUCCUGUAUGGUUCCUGGCGGCUGCUGGACCCUACCUUCGGCGCUGGGUACAUGGACGCCCAAGGGAGAUAUCACCCCCAUCUCCAAGAACAUUUUUUCCUCACCGACCCAGAACAGCUGAUCUACACGCACUUCCCUUACGACCAGCAAGAGCUACACUACAGCAGGUGGCAGCUCCUGGAGAGCCCCCUCGACCUGGAGACCUUCAACUCCCUGCCCAAGGUCAUGCCCGGCUUCUGGGAGGUGGGCCUGCGUCUGAACAAGCCCACGCACUGCCCGGUUGCGUUUAAACAGCAGACGGAGGUCAAGAUCUCAGCCUCGGCACUGAUCAGAUACAAAUAUAAGUUCUUCCCCUCGAACGAGACCGAGGACGCGUGCAUCAACCAGUGGGUGUUCUGUUCCCUGAAGGAGGACAACGCCGUGGGUUCUUUCAUCGUGGUGCCUCCCGAGCCCUCAGAGUACGUCCUCAAGGUGUACGCCGGUCCCGAGGAGCUGCUCGACGACGAGAACGCGGCGCUCGACCACGCCGUGACCUUCCUUCUGGUCUGCGAGAAGGCGCGGCGCCACCCGGUCCCCUGGCCGCUGCACGACGUGGCCUGGGGCCCGACGCCGCGACUGUACGAGUGCGGCCUCGACCCCCUCAACCAGAGCGGGCCCGUCAUCAUCGCGUGGGGCGGCAAGAAGCUCAUCUACUUCGAUAAGGCCUUCGAAGUCCUCAUCAUGUUCCAGGUGUUCGACGCGGAGGGACAGAUGCUCGACGUCAAGGGCAUCAUAGGCAAAGACGAGACGGAAGAGCAGCUCCGCCUGGCCAUAGUUCCUCCUGGUAUUGGUUACUAUAAGUUUCUUAUGUAUGGCAUACCUCGUCCGCAGGUGCGUGGGUCAGUGGUCCGAGGCCGCUGGAGGCUGCCCUUGCUCGCCUGUUACCUCAUCGAGUGCAAGAUGAACCUCGGCCACACCACGGAGGGGCAUGAAAAGAAGAAAUCGAAGUCAAGGAAGAUGAAAAUAGCGGUCAGGAGAUAGCAAGGAGCGCGAGUCGGUAGAUCUGGGCGGUAGGGAAUGUUCGACUGUGCGGAAGAUGACUUGUUUUUUUUGUUUUUUUUUACACCAAGCGCUGUUAUAUCAAGAUUUAAACAGUGACCUAAGAAACAAACUGAUGAAGACAAGAAUAACUGUUUUUUAUUAUUAUUCAGAUAAAUGUUGGCUAAAUGUAGGGAAGAAAGGCUAGCAUUCUGUAACACAAUCCUCCCCCCACCCCCCCACCCCCACCCUCCUUCCGAAUCUGAUAGCAGGACCUAUCUCUCGGAAAUGUGAAGGGUGUAAAUUUUGGUUUUCAGAAUCAUUAUAAUUUUACGAAUGAAAUGACCAAGUUGUCGUCUUAGCAAAGUUCUUGAUAUAUAAGAUAUACUAGAAUUUGCUGAAGAAUCCAGACAUCUUUUUUUUAGAUAGGGAAGUCAAGCACUAUCAGCCUACGGGUUUUAAUGUGCCUUUCUCAAAUGGUCGAUAGUCGUAGCUAAAUCAGUAUUUGUAAUGCCCUAGCCUACCCUCUUAGACUUGAAGCGCUUUUCUCAUUAUUGGCCCAGUGAUAUUUUGACGUUUUCUCUAUCUAAACCUUUGAUGUACUGGAGGCUUAAUAGUAUUCAACAAGUAUUAAAAUAGUCUGUUUUUCCUCAAACCCCAUUGAAGAGACAACUUUAAUCAUAAACAUUUAACAUUUCUUGUCCUGUUAACCUGUUACAGUUGUUGUCAAAGAUCAAUAAGUAAUAUUAAUUUUUGUGUAGUGUUAAACAUCCAUCUGCAGUACUAUGUUAAGAUCAUCAUCGUCAUUUGUGUUAUUUUAACAUGAAUAUUAUCAUAAUCAUCAUCAUAUCGAUUCCAUUUCCAUAUUAUGAUUAGUAUCAUCA